AUGUGUCUCAUCUUUGAUAAACAUAUUACUCUGGAGGCCCGGGAGCACAAGGUCAAUGGCAAGCGCGUCAGCCAGGAAUUGGUCAACCGCAUGGCUAAGGAACACAUCAAUGCAAUGAGACUCGGGCACGGCAAACAUCUCCACAUUCUCACUCUGCCUGCCGCAGUCAAAGUCAAAAAUUUGGCCUACUUUAUGAGCCAUUUAUUCCAAGCUCACCACGAAUCACAUCUGAGUGAUUUCUAG